AUGGAACUGUCAGCCCUGCAAGCUGAACUUGAAAAAGAAAGGCAAGCGUUAGAGAAUGCUCUGACCAAAGCACAACUAGCAGAAGAGAAGGAACAACAAAAUUAUAAGCUUCUUUCUCAGUUCAAACAAUUGCAGGGAGACAAUAAUCUCCUGAAACAACAGCUUAAAGAUCUUCAGAAUCAGCUAAAGCAUGCAGUUGGUACCUUAAUUCAUCCUGAGGAAGUCUUAGCUUGCAUAAAUGAACUCAAGCAAAAGCUUCAGACGGGAGUCGGAGACAUUAAAUGUCAGAAUUCAGCUGAUGUUUUAGGGAAAAGCCUUGCAAAUCUGCAGAAAGAAUUUAAUAACAUCCUUGCUGAUGCUCAGAGAGAAAAAGAGAAAGCAUGGGACAGACAGAGACAAUUGCAGGAAGAAAUGGUAUCCCAGCAGGAAAAACUGGAAGAAGUACAGGAGAAAUAUAGACAGGUUAAAGCUGAAAACAGGCAGAAUAAGAACAAGGUCCAUCAGUUAGAGGAUGAAAUUCAACAUUUACAUGAAAAAAUAAAGAGCAUGGAAGAAAUUCAGGGCCUUGCUGAUCAACAGCUCCAAGAGGCAGAUGAAGAGAAAGAGACUAUUCUUGCUCAACUGGAAGAUUUAGAGAAGAGGAAAAAAAUAGAAGAUGCCAGGGCACAAAUGCAAUUUGUCAGUCUAGACAAAGAACUGAAGGAAUUAAAGAGAGCAGUCAUCACUUCAGAUAAACUGGCAGCCACAGAGCUCUGCGUUGCUAAAAAUCAGCUAAAGGCUCUUCAUGGGACUGUUCUCAGAAUUAAUCAGGAGCGAGCUGAGGAGAUUGAGGAAGCCGAAGAGUUCUGUGCUGAGGCAGCUCGUGCAGCUCGGGAUCUUGCUAGAGCAGAAGCAGAAAUAGAAUUGUUACAACAGCUCCUCAAGGAGAAAGAAGAACAAUUUCAGCAUGAAAUGGAGAAAGUUGGCAAGCAGACUGCUGCAUCAAGCUCUCAGAAGUUUGAAAUUGAUAAAUUAAAUGAAGCUAUGGAGCAACAAAAAGCAGAAAUUGACCGUUUAAGAUGGUUGUUGGAUAAUAUUGGUACAGAUAACAAAGACGAAAUUAACAACUUACAAGAUGAAAUUGCUGCACUCAAAAAUGUGCUCUCAUACCAGAAUGAUUACAUCACCAGUAUAGCUGAUCCAUUGAAAAGAAGGGGAUACUGGUAUUACAUGCCAUCGUCACAGGCUUCAACUCCUGCUUCCCGUAGCACAAAAGAUUCUGGAGUUUGUUUACUGUGUUCUGGCACAUCCCCACCCAAGAGAGGAUGUGGCCAGGACAGGCAAUGCAGGAAGGCAGACUUGCCCAGUCAAGGAGGAUGUUGGGUUUAUUCACCAGUCAGAAAUAGGUUGUACAAAACAAAUUCUGGUAAAGAUAGAAGAGUGAAAGAAGAUAGCGAAGGAAACGAAGAAACUCGUGUUCCUAAAGACCCUCCCUUUGUGCCACCACCUGGUACAGUUAUUUACACAGUCCUUCCAGAUGGUGCCCCUGUACCUCAGGGAACUGUGGUUUAUGGCCCUCCUCCUGCAGCAGCCAGUGGAGGUUCAAUUGCUCCUGGAUCUGUCAUCUAUGGCCCUCCUCCUGUGGGAGCCCAGGUUGUUUAUGGCCCUCUUCCUCCAAACUUCACUGUCCCACUCAUUCCUGUUGGAGUGCUUCACUGCAAUGUGCCUGAACAUCAUGAUUUGGAGAGUGAAGUCUCAAGGCUAGAAGACACUGUGUAUUAUUUAAAGUCUCAGAAAUACAAAGAUAAAUGGUCAGAGGCAGCUGAGCAUAAAUGCAAAAAAGGGGUGGAAAAAUUGCAUCAAAACAUUGAAGAACUUUUGCACGAAAGAGAAGAGUUGGAACAUCAAGUAGCAGAGCUACGAAGAACGGCUCAAAAUCACAACAAUCACAAGGACUUCAUUGAGGGAUAUACUGACAACCUUAUUGCAGAACUGCAGUUAGAAAAGUCUCUUAAACAUCAUGAAGAUACUGUGGAUGAAAUUGAAUGUAUAGAGAAGACUCUUCUGAAGAGACGAGCAGAGCUUAGGGAGGCAGACAGGCUACUUUCAGAAGCUGAAGUGGAACUUGAGAGCACACGGGGGAAAACUAAAGACACUAUUCAAAAGUACAAUGGUGCCAAACAGCAUUUGUCCCGGACUGAAACAGAGGCAAAGGAGCUAGAGCGAAAGGCUCAGGAAAUGGCCAUUAAACUUGUGAAAGCAGAUCGGCAAUUAAGGUUAUUACAGGCAGAUACAAGGGAUUUAGAACAACGUAAGAGAGAACAAGAAGGUAUUUUGAAGGAAAUCAACAAAAUGGUGACUGCAAGAGACUCUGAGUUCCAGUCGUUAAACCAGAAGAUAGAAAUGCUAACUGAAAGUCUUCAGAAGCUUCAAGGAGAUAUUAAAGUUGCAGAGGGUAAUGAAGAACAUCACCUCCAAAUCCUUAGAGAAGCAGAAAACCUUCUUCAGAGCAAGAAAACUGAACUGGAAAGAUUAAAAGAUCAGAUUACUGCUCAGCAACAAGAGCUCUUGUUUCUGGAGCAACAGUUAAACCAAAGAAAAGAAGAGCUCCAUGUCCUUCAAGAAACUAUUUCUCAAAAGAAAGGUGACCUCAAAGAAGCGCUUCGAGAUGGAGAGACUGAAGCAAAUGGAAAACUACGCCAAAUAAGAGAAAUAAAAAUACUUCUGGAAGAACUUAAUGUUGAGAGGAAAGAACUGGAUGUCCAGAUUAAUGAGAAAAGAGCACAGCUUUCGUUCAUAAAGAAGGAUAUUGGAAAAGAGGAGGAAAAUCUUCAAGGAAUACUUGGGCAAAUUACCAGGCAUAAGAUAGAACUGAAGCAUGUUCUGGAAAUGCUGGAGCUUGAAAAUAAUGAACUUCAAGGUUUGAAACUACAACAUGACCAAAAGAUCAAUGAGCUAGAAAAGACUCAGGUUGCAAUUCUAGAAGAGAAGUUAAAAUUGGAGAAUAUUCAGAGAUUAUUUCAGUGUCAGCAAGGGGAAGUAGAUUGGCAGGAACAACAACUUGAGAAAGACCGUCAGGAAAAUGAACAUCUGGUUUCUCAAAUGCGCAGUCUGCAAAAUAAUAUUGAGUCUUUGAGUAAAGAAAAAGAAAAGCUUGAAGAAGACUGUCAGAGUUUGGAAAAGAAGUUGUCUCAAACCAGAAGAGACUUAACUGCUACUGAAGAUAGCAGCAGAACUGCAUUGUCCAAUGUAGAAAAGAUGGAACUGGAUGUUAAAAACUUGCAGCAGGAGGUAGAUCUACUGAACAAACAAAAAAAAUCACUGAAUGGAGACAUUAUUGUUGUACAAAAGGAUCUUCAAGGAAAAAAGGAAGAACUAGAAACACUGAAAGGAGAAUUAAAUGACUCCAGGCGACAGCUUCAACUGGUAGAACAGGAUUUGAAAAAUAACACAAGGCAUCAGGAUGAGCUGCUUAAAGAGCAGGCAACCCUGAAAGAAGAUAUCCUAGAGUAUUUAAGGAAACGUAAGGAUUGCCAAGAGAGACAGAAAAAGAGGGAGAACCAAUUGCAGCAGCUCCAGAAAGAGAUUGAAGAGAAAGCAACAGAACUAUCCAAACAAGAAGCGAUUCUCCAUUGCCUCAAGCAAAAUUCAGAGCGUGAAGGAAAAAAACUGGAAGAAUGUACUGCUAAAGUGAAAGAUCAGAAAAUAGUGAUGGAAAAGGAACUAACAGAUCAACAAAAGAAACUGGAGCAGGCAAUAGCAAAAGUAAGGCUGGCAGAAGAUGACCUCAGGAAGCUGGAAAAGGAGGAGUCCCGAUGUGCAGCACUUGAAGAAACUGUCAGAAAAAGCAAACAUCAGCUCUCAGAGAAAGAAUUACAAUUACAACAAAAAAAUAGAGAAAUACAGUCUCUUCAAAAAGAACUGGAAGUCUCCAAGUCGGAGCUAAACCAUCUCCAAGAUCAGAUAGGAUCAGAGAGGAAAAAGGCAAAAAAACAAAUCUUGAGUCUAAAAGAAGCGAUGAAAAUGCAAAGGAUGCAGCUUGAAAGAAAACUGCGCGAACAAAAGCAUGAAAAUAACUGUUUGCAGAGUGACAGAGCAACUGCUGAACAAGUAGCACACAAUAGCUGUGAACGAGCCAAGCGCGUUAAGGACUUUGGGCAGAUGCAACAGGACUAUGUGGAUCUCCAAACCCAGGUUAAAACUCAAGAAGACCUGGAAGAGAAACAAAGGGAAAUACAGAAUGCAGCAACACUGCUUAAUCUGGAGGUUGAAGAUGAAAUUAGGAUGGGGUUUAAAUCUUCAAGCCCAUCUUCUCUGGAACCCUCGGGAGAUUUGGAAGCGUAUUCUGAAGUAAAGGGAAGUCUGCAGUGUGGAUCUGGUAACUUGGAGGAGACUGGUCUGUUUGCUUCUGACAGAAGAUUCCUGUCACUGGAAGAAAAGUUGAAUUUUUCUAAAGUCUUCUUAAUGGAUGAACAGUGGCGUGGAGAGGCUCUCCGAGAAAAACUGCAGCAUCAUGAAGACCGUCUGAAGGCUCAGCUCCGGCAAUGUAUGUCCAAGCAAGUGGAAGUAUUAAUCAGAGGAAAACAGCAGACAGAAGGCACCCUUCACAGCUUGAAGCGCCAGGUUGAUGCACUGGAUGACCUCGUCAGCAGCACUUCUUCGGAUUCACUGUUUCUGGCCCAAAGCUCAAGUCUAGUAUCUCUUCAUGAUGCUCUGAAUUUAACAAAAACACAGGCUACCCUGACAAGACUUGCAGGCGGCCCCAGCAGGCAUGCAGGUACGGUGCUGGUGUCUCGGACGUUGCAUACCUGCCCGUGA